AUGUCAGGCGGCGCUAUGAGCACGGCCAGCUCCACGAGCCAUGGCGGGAGCAUGAUGAUGAGCAUGCAAGACAUGAUGAUGGUCUUUUUCACUGGCACCCAAACACCAUUGUAUUCCACAGCAUGGACUCCUUCAUCCACGGGACAGUACGCCGGCACAUGUAUAUUCCUAAUUGUUCUUGCUGUCAUCUUUCGAGCGAUUUUGGCCAUCAGGAGUGUCUUUCCGCGAGAUCGUUACAGUGCCACUUUGUUGGGACCGGACCACGACAAGCCCACUGUUCGAACCAUGGAAUUCACCACGCGAGGUAUACAGGCUCGGCCUUGGACGGCACACGAGGCUGUGUCGAGAGCUGCGCUUGAUGUUGUCUUGGCUGGAGUGAGCUAUUUGCUGAUGCUUGCAGUCAUGACCAUGAACGUGGGCUACUUCCUCAGUAUCCUUGGUGGAACUUUCCUGGGGAGCUUCGCAUUUGGCAGCUUGACUGGAGUUACUAGUCAUUAG